CUACGCUUGAUAAGUUUAAGCCUAGGGGUAGGUUUUUUGCUACUUAUGUAGAGAGAAGCGUAGGAAGUUGGAGACAAGGCGGCUCAACUUCUGUGUCGGACGAUGAUUUUAUCACAUAAGCGCCUCACCACGCUCACCAUCACCUCCUGAGCACGACCACACUGAUAACUGUGUACUAGCACAUUUUUCUCGAAGAUGGACUUGCCAAACACUCCGCCCCCCGGCUUUUCGGAAGUGUCGAGUCGCACUCGGCCAGGUCAGGUUGUCUAUCAGGAAGAUGCGACGGGAAAGAAGUACGGAACUCUGGAGUUAGCUUGGGCGGUACAUCGGCAGAGCGCAGCUACGACUGGGGCUGUACCAGGUAAUCCCGCCGUCCCCGAAAUUGCACCGGGGGAGCUCGGCAAUACGAUGCACGCCGCCCCCACAUCAGCUCCAACUACGCAAGAAAAUGCGUUGACCUUCGACGUGAUGCAGAGCAUCGUAGCAGCGGACUCGGACGGCGAGAAGAUUUUUGCGAAGGACUUGCAUGUCCAGCGGGUGUUGGAAGGGCUGUCCUCCGACAGCAGCGAAACUGUGUCGGUUGCGCUGCAGAAAAAGAAGGCCCAGCAGGACCGCGAGCGCUCGAGGUCCAGGGAGGAGCAAGACAAACGGGCGGCGACCGCCCCACAGGAUCUCCCCCAGGGAGAGCGGGCCAGCGCUGCGGGCAGUGCGGACGUCGUGGUCCCAAAGCAACCACCAGUCGACGAGGGCUUGCCGCAACAAGAGGGUUCGGGGGAAAGCAAACCGCAUCUCGACAAGGCUAUGUUAGACAAGAUCGAUACCCCACCAAAAGAUGCCGCAGUGAAUUUGAAGGCCGAAGACAUCUACACGAACGAGAAACCGCCUUCUGCUGUCGCUGUCCCAACAACGAACGAAAUUCCGCGGGAAGUAAAAGUUUGCUUUGAUUUUUCGUCAUCCAGUUUCAGGUGCUUUCAAUUUCAUCGACUUCUGGUAGCGUAGUGGAAUUUUUUGUGACGUAGAAGCAUACAAAUGUGCUGCUGCUGCUGCUGCAUCAUCAAGAGAAAACGAAAUUAUUCUUCCCCAAAUAGGCUCCUCCGCAGAUGCUACAGGAGCAGGCACCCCCGGUUGUGGUGGUUGCAGCCUCGCCGUCUGUCCCGGCAGAGGAGAACAAACCGGUGCACCCACCAGGCUUCGAGCCGGUCCCGUCCGCGAGUCGCCCCGGCGAGUUUGCGUACAUCGACAAGAAGACCGGGCAAAAGUACGGCAAAUCGCAGGCGUGGAAGGUGUACGAGCGCCGGAGGAAGGGCGACGAAGUGGCCGACCAACCGCCACCAGGGUGGAUCACGAAAACGUCGGCGUCAAGGCCCGGGCACGUGGUGUUUGUGGAUCCGGAAACCGGAAAAAAAUACGGCGAGUUGCGGUCCGCGUGGCAGGUGUACAACCGGAGGUUGCGAAAGCAAGAGAACAAGGAGAACCUCGAGCAGGUAGUCAACGGUAACGGGGGUUCGAAUGACACCCUGAACAGUGCUGGGAUGAACGGCAAAGCAAACGGAAACAACGGGAAACCACCACCGGGGUUCGAGGCCGUGCCCUCGCGAAGCAGACCCGGAUACUUCGCGUACUAUAGCUUUUGCAUGUUCUUUUUGACGUUGUUUAUUGCUUUUUGCGAAAACGAAAUAACGUGUACUUAACGCACUCCCACUCUAUGUGCUACUAGAACUUCUGCACUUGCAAGCAAGACAAUCUGUUCCUGUUGAAAAGGUACGUCGAGUUGGAAACCGGGCGACGUUACGGCAAUCUGGACCUGGCCUGGCAAGCGGUGUACGACCGCCGUGCCGCGGAGGAGAAGUUGGAGAAGGAGAAGAGAGAGGAAGAACAGGCGGCCAUAUCCAUUCAGCGGCGGCAACGCGAACGGAUUGCGAACCGUGCCCAAACGAACAACGCGCCCGAAGAAACUGCUCCCGUCGAAGAGGACGAGGUCCAGGUGCUCGCGAGACAAAUUGCUGAAAUCCAAGAGGAGGCGGAUGCCGCGGCCGUCAAGCUGCAGAGUGCGAAGCGGAAAAAGGACGCGCAGCGCGAGGCGCAGAGAAGGCGCGACGCGCGAUCCGCGAGUCCGGACGCAAAAGGCUCGGAAGAGUUCCUGGCGGCCGCUCCGAAAUCGGUCGAAACGCGUACGAGGACGCGGUCCCGGAGCGGAAAUAACACGCCCCAGAAGGUGUUGAGAAAGCAACCCACGUCGGAAGAGGAUUUCCUGUGUCCGAAGGGCAGCUCGGCGUCAGAGGGCGGCGGACGGCGCUUCCUGGAUCAGCCGGCCGCCCCGCCCACGAUCCAGGAAGAACUACGGGAGUCCCCACGGUCCUCCAAGGAGAAGCGCAUCCAGCAAAAACCGAAAAAGAAAUCGCGCCCGAGCAGUCAGGUGCGAAGCCCAAAAGUCCCGCGUGCGAAGCAGGAACCGGAAAGGGUAUUUGGAACCGUAAAUGUUUCUCUCUUCUUGUCGUGUGAGAAAGGGCAAUGAAUUACUAUGCACGUUGAAGCUGUACUGCGAAAUGCAGUUGUUCCAGAGGUUUUUUUCCUUACGACCGUUUUCGAACGUCGUCUCUACUUCCCGCACCCUCGUAUCCUCAUGUGCACUGUUCUUGACGACAACUUUUAUAGUUUGUCAAGUGUUUUCACGACAGACCUUUGCGGAGCAGAUGUGGCGUUACGACCACCGCCCGACGAUCCACCGUGCCGGUAGCCCGUCGGCGGAGCGACCAAAGUACAACCCCAGACCCCGCAGAGCCCAGCGUAGUCGCAGCGGCAGUCCACCGCCUGCUGCCGCAGCGCCGAAAAGUAGACCGGUUGCGUCGCCACGGAAGAAGUCGCGUUCGCCGCCGCCGCCGGCAGCACCUCCGAAUGCGCCGCCAGCGCGCGAGAAGAGUACUCCACCGCCUCCACGGCGCACCCCACGGUCCGUUUCCUCGAGUAAGCGGGAACGCAGUCCUUCCCCCACUGGCAAAACGCCCGAAGGAGCGGCGGCCGCGCGGCGGGCUCGCACACCCACUGGUCAGCAGCAGGCGGUGGUCCAGCCUCCAUCCAGCCGGCCCCCCUCGUACCGCAAGCCGGUGUUGUCUGCCAGAAAGCACCGCGCGCUCGUGGAGCAGGCGGACGCCAUCAUCUUGGACGACAUUACGCGGCCACCCAUGAUCUUCUCCGCGGACCGGCGGUCGCCGUCGCCGACCGGCUACAACCCAAGGGCGCCGUCACCCGGGAUUUUGAUGCCGCCACCCGGACUUGCGCUCCCGGGGAGCGUGCACGACGCGCGGGAAGUCAGCAUUCUGGAAAUGACCGUAAGGGACCUCAGUCAGCAGAAGGUAGGAAGUCGUUUCGGUUGUGUGGAAAUCGCUUCAAUUUUGUUUGUCGUCCUUUACCUUUUCCUUCGACGUCCAUUUAUUUUUUUUGUCAUUAUUGUAUGAAGGACCUGCACUUGCACAUCACUUCUUCAAGAUCAAAAGAACGUUUACCUACCCACGCAGAUUCGCUUGGUCACGGAACUGACGGCAGCGCGGGGGGAGCUUCAGCGGAUGAAGCAAGACCAAAGCGAGACAAUCACCAUGCAGGUUAUGGAAUCAAGGCGGUUGGUCGAGCAAACACAAGCUGAAAACAGGAGUUUGACGGAACAGGUAAGUUAGUAAGUAAGUAAAAGUAAGUAGUACAUACUUAGCUGCUUAUGCUGUUACAAGAAGCGCGAAGCUGUUUGAACUUUCCCAAUCUCGAAUAAAAAUAUCCUCAUAGGUCCGCGUGCUACAAGAAUCUGUUGGGCAGCUGAGGAAGCAGAACAUUAUGUUGGAGGAGGAGCUGAUUCGAACCCGGAGGUCGUUGCAUGACGCUGCACAGUACUACUUUUGCUUAUGCAUUGCAAAUCGUUUCGUUAUCCUUGAUCUUGUGUGAUUCUGCCUCACGUGAACGCUUGAACUUGUACGAGCUUGAUUGCAAGGGAAGAAAGAAAUUCACUGCUCAACAUUUUCGCUGCGCUAUUUGCGUUGAACCACAACCAACAGGGGCCGUCGUAUUCCGGAGAGCGACUUAGCGCUUUCUCCGAGCUUUCUCGCGCAACAGCACUACUCGCCCACCCAACCGCCAAUGGUCGAACCGCAAGCACCGGUCCAGCAGCCUUUACAAGCGUACAUUUCCAAUGGCAACCCGUUCGCGCCAGCGGGUCCAACAGCACCACAGGCACAGCCCGGCCUAUCCUCCACGGGGUUUGCGCAGCCGACCGCGUAUCCGAUGCCCUCCGCAGCAACAGGAGGGAACUACUACGGAGCACCAGCGCCUUCAUACGGCGGAGCGCCACAACAGUUCGUGCAGGCGUCCGCGAUGGUUAACGCUGCGGAUAGUUUGCAUCUCGUGGAGCGCAAUGCCGAGUUGCAAGCCAAGGUCCGGAAGCUGCUGCGCAUCGUGGAGCAACAGAAAAAGCCGGAGUGGGACAACGACUGGUGGAAACCAGACCGGUCCGAGUUAAAUCGCGAUCGGGAUCGCGAGCGCGCGAAUCGCGGCCGCAGCGUACCGCCACCGCGGUCCCCGGGCCGGCGCAUGUUGCGGGGGGCUGGUAAUGUUGCCAGCGGUGCCGUCGCGCCUGCGCGAUCACGUACGCCCGACUACCAGCGGACAGACGCAGCGUACAUGGCACACGUCAACCGGAAUCGAAACAACAGCACCAGCUUUCUGCUGCAGUGACAAAGUUUCAAAAUCGCGAUUUGGGGAAAAGAAAUGCUAAAUACUUGUUCUAGAGAUAGCUGUAUCUCUUUCAGUUUAACGUAACAAGAAUACACAGGAAGACGGCAAGCACUAAAGACUCUGAGCGACUCCGCUAUGCAGCAGUUGAUCUGUUGCUGCAAGGUUGCGCAUGUCAGAGUAUGUGUGUGUGUGUUGCUUCACGCGAAAUAAAUGAGAUGGAUGCAACGUAAGCAAAGAGAAGCUCCCUGCUAGCAGUAGCAGCUUGUGUCCCUACGAAGGAAACUUUUCAAUAGUUGGUUGUAAAAUAGAAAGAAUAGCUUUGCUUCGAAUUUGAUCUCGAACUCGACAUUGCAUCCACGUAAAACUUAGCAUUGAUUCAUUGGAAAAAAAUUAACUUUCAAAAACAAAGACACUGUACAAACCGUUAGUUACCGAAAAAAUCAAAACGUAACUCUGGACGAAUAUUGUUUCUGCUCCUCUACUCUUCACAAUUCAAGUCUUUCAACUACGCAACUGUCGAAUAAUGACUAUCUUGAUUAUGUAUCGUAAAGCCUAACGAACCCUAUAGAACGAAAAAGAGCCUCGUACUUGAUUUAUAUCUCUACGAGAAUCUUCGCUAUCGCAUCUGCGUCUGUAGUUUCCUAGAAAAUCAACUUUUGCUCCUUCUGCUAUCGCCUGUUUGCAUGGCGUCGCCCUUCUUGUAGUCGAUGAGUAUUCGCGUCACUGAAAUUAUACCAGCAGUGGAUCGUAUGUUAAUGUGUCAGGACAAAUGUACAUGUACACAAACACAUGAUGUUGAAGUUGCAGGAAU